ACCGGGGUCAUUUUACUUAGUGCAACGCGGUGAUUUCAAUUAUCAAAUAUAACCAACCAUAAAGCGAAACAUGACAAGGGGACUGAAAGGGAUUGGAAACCUUCCCGCCUAAACAAGUGGCGAUCGCUAGACACGCCGCUAGGCUGCCACUAGCCAGUCAGGCAGGCAGGGUUCCCCCUUGUCCGUCCGUCCGUCCUUCAACGAGGUUGUGUUGUGCAGAAAAUAAGCUUCAUGAACACAAACGACAGUGAUUCGUACCGUGAUUAGGCUGGUCAAGAGGAGAUGGUGACGGGCAGGUCUACCGAAAGAGAAAUAUAUAUAUAAAAUAAAGUGGAUGAUAAGACAUAUAUAAAAUAAAGUGGAUAAAAAGAUAUAUAAAAUAGUGAAUAAUAAGACAUAUAUAAAAUAAAGUGGAUAAUAAGAUAUAUAUAAAAUAAAGUGGAUGAUAAGACAUAUAUAAAAUAAAGUGAAUAAUAAGACAUAUAUAAAAUAAAGUGGAUAAUAAGACAUAUAUAAAAUAAAGUGGAUAACAACCCUAAAGUAAUAAAAAGAAAAUUAUAUAAUUUUUUAAAGUUUUGCACAUAUUCUAGUCUAGUGGUGGAGUGUGCACGGAACUGUGUUCGUUGAGUGAGCAUUGAGGAAACUGGAACUACAGCCAAUGUACUGGAAGAUCUAGAAGAUACGUCUAAUAACGUGAAAUCAGUGUUAAUAUAUAAAGAAAAAGUGUAUAACAAUCCUAAAAUAAAAACUGGAACAUUAUAUAAGGUUUUAAAGUUUUGCACCUAAGUCUAGUGGUAUAGGGUGAGCAUUGAGGAACCAAGGAACCAGCCAAAUAGGAUACCUCUAAAAAAGUCAACAUGAAAAUCGACUGGGAAUUAUUUCCUAUAAAACUACACUACCUAGUGAGGUUUUGUGGCACGGGACCCCUGACGCCUUUCCUGCCCGUGAUAGCCCGGCACAAGGGCGUGUCCUCCACAGUCAUCAGCCUCAUAUGGACCGUCAUGCCCUUCGUCAGCCUGAUCAGCAAGACUUGCGCCGGGGCGCUGUCGGACUACUUCCGCGUCCACAGGCAAGUCUUCCUCGGCAGCCUCAUGUUGAUGAUCGUCUCCUUCAUCGGGAUCUACUUCACGCCCGAUAUCGUACCGCACGCCUCCUCCAACGCGUCCGCCGACGCUGCAGAGAUGCUCUCCAACUGGACGGAACCGGAGGCGCACAACGAGUCUCAUUAUGUACCUGAUCCAGAGAGCUCCACUACGGGAGAACUGCUCCGGAGGUACGAGUUCUGGCUCCUCUUCCUGUGCUUACUGGGACAAUACUGCGGCCACAUCACCACCAUUACUAUGCAGGAAACAAUAUGCUUCAGUUUAAUAGGUGACGCCCUUCACAAAUAUGGGGAGCAACGGCUGUGGGGGACACUAGGAUGGGGCAUCUCUGCUGUGGCUGGCGGGGCUCUGGUCGACUGGUAUUCCAGGGGAAUGUUGAAACCAGACUACGCUCCGGCCUACUCGAUUGCCGUAGUUUUCUUAACAAUAGACCUGGUGAUUGUGGGACGCCUGCGCUUCAGCAUCACGCCAGUGAAGAUGGACCCUAAGAAGGUCCGAGGAAUUUUCAAGAUACCUGCUGUCCUUCUGGUUCUGAUUACGACGGUAGUGGUUGGUGCUUCAUGCGGAAUGAUUUGGACAUUUCAACUCCUCUUGGUGGAGGAUGUGGCAAAGAUGUGGGACUCAAACUUCCCUUUUACAAAGCUUCUGCAAGGAAUCCUCGUCUUUGUUCAGUGCUUACUCAGUGAGAUGCCAUUCUUCUACCUGGCAGGUCACAUCAUAGCAAAAAUUGGUCACUUCUACUCCUUCUUCUUGGCACUUCUCGCAUUCUGCGUCCGUCUUUGCUUCUACUAUACUGUGACCAAUCCGUGGUGGUUUAUACCAAUUGAACUCGUCCAUGGGAUGUCAUUUGGACUUGCAUAUGCAACCAUGGCCUCCUAUGCAAACAGCAUCACUCCCAAAGGAGCAGAAGCAACAACUCAGGCCAUCUUUGGAGCAGCUUUCUUUGGAGGGACUGGAGUAGGAGGUCUUGUGGGGGGAUGGCUAUUUGAAAUAAUGACUGGUUGGAAAGCUUUCCUUACUGCAGGAAUUGCAAAUGGAAUCUAUGCCUUAAUCUUUCUGGCAAUUCACUUGAUCAUUUCCCAAUCCACGAAGAGUCAGCAUGUAAGAGGGAGGAAAGAAGGCAAACCAAAUGAAUCGGCAGCUGAAGAAGAAAUGGAGAAGCUGCAAGGAGUUAACAAUAUCACUUGAUGAGAGGAUACUUGUAGCUUCUACAACAGUGAAGUCUAUUCAAGGGAACAGUUACCAGAAAUCGCUCUACAUUUCUUGUAACAUACUUAAAUGCCCUUAACGGUGAUCUUUGAGCAAUGGUGAAUCUCUUAAAAAAUGAACCAAAGAAUUUGAGAUGAUCUGCAGAGAAGCAACACUGUCUUCUCAUCGACAAAGAUCCUGGAUUUAAGGGAGCUUUCACAUCCCACCAGUCUCACUUACUGAAUAAAGAAUGCCUGUUUGUAUAAAAGGCAACUAUUUUGAGAUAAUUAUCCGUAUAUAAAUGGAUCUCAUGAAACACGUGUUAUCUAGAUGUUAUUUUUGCAU